AAACAUCCGACUGCUUCUCGAACCUUCCUUCAUCUCCCAAUAUAUCCCCUCCGCCCCAACACCGGACAGAAAUCACAACACAGACAAAAUCGAAAGAAGACGAACACCGAUUCCGAGCGAUCUCCAAGAGAGCGAGCGACAAUGGCUUCUCGCCGCUUUUUCACCUACGACCCCUACGACUACUACUACCCCACGCCGUACGGCCACCCCUACUCCUACUACCAGCACCCAUCCGCCGCCCGAUCACCCGCACGGAACGAUGGCUUGUUCUACCCCCACAUCCAGCGCACCGAGCCGGCGGUGAGGGCGGCCGCGCGUCGAAGCCCCUACGAUCUCUUCCCGGACGUCGAGAGUACCGAGGCGCCGAUGGGGGCGUCCGGGUAUCCCGACAUCUACUACAACCAGCGCCCCUCCGCCUCCGCUCGUGCCCCUGCGCGGAACAACGGCGCCCUGUUCCCGGACGUCGAUUGCGCCGAGCCGGCGGCGAAAGAGGCAAGGAGAUCGGUCUCCGUCCCUGUCCACUUUGCCGGGCCCGAAUUGGGACCGGAGCGGGAGCGGGAGACUGCGGUGGCGACUGAGAUGGCGAUUCCGAAGAAGCAGGCGCCGUCGGCGGAGCAAGCGGCGGUGAGAUUGCAGGCGUCGGCGCGAGGGUUCCUGGCGCGGCGGAUGGUGCGGGAGGUCCGCGCGGUGGAACGGGAGGCGGAGGCUGUCGCGGCGAGGAUUGCGGCCGAGGCAGAGGCGCUUCUCGCGAACACGAGGGCGAGGGUGGCCAUCGGGGAGGAGCUCAUGCGGCUGCUGCUGCGCCUCGAUGCGGUGCGGGGCGUAAGGGAGUACCGGAGGAGGGUGACCAAGCGGGUGCUCGCUCUCCAGGACGCCGUCGACGCCCUGGAGAUUAAACCGGCGCCGGCGCCCGUCGAGAUGUCAGAGGAGAGCGGGAUGGCGAAUCAGGCCGCAGAGCAAGGCGUCCGGAUUGAACCUGAGGAGGAAGGCGUUCCGAUUGAAUCUGACGACGCGGUUGAUUCUCCGGCCACCGAGACAAUCGCUGAGAUGGACAUGGUGGUCGACGGAGGAAUUGCCACCAGCGACGAGCGCGACCUCGGCGAAGCGGAAUUGAUGAUGGACGGCGAGAAAGCAGAGGAGGCGGAAGGCGAGAAUGCAGAGGAGGCGGAAGGCGAGUGGGAGAUGGUGGCAGAAGAAGAAGCUGUCGCCGGUGAGAAUCCGGCGCCCAAAGAGCAGCAGCAAGAACCGGCGGCAGAGGAGAAGGAGAAGAAAGCGGAGGGCGGAGGAGCUACCGACGGUUUAGACGCGAGGAAGGUGAUGGAGAUGGUGGCUGCCAUGUGCGAACAGAGCGCGCAGCAGUGCGCGGCGAUCGGGGCGCUCGCUGAGCGGGUGGACGCGCUUGAGCGUGCCGUGCGGCGGGUGGAGGUCGCCGACCGGCGCCGGCGCAGGAACAAGAAACUCAAGAAGGAUGGAAAGGCUGCAAGAUGCUGCUACAGCGACUAAGAUGUCAAUUCUUUUGUUUUAUAGUUGUAAAAGUUUGGUCUUAUCUUAUUUUUUGUUGAUUUUCGUUUCGUUUGUAAUCUUGGAUUUUCUGAAGCAAUUGAGUUACCUGAAUCUGUGAUCAGACGAUGGACUAACAGACUAAA